UUAAUUUCCAAUGACUUCGAAAAUAAAAGUCAUAAUAAUUAUCAUUUGCAAUAUUACAAUAACCUAUUCAGAUAUGUCAUCAUCGUCUCUGCAUUAUCCCGGUUCAAAUAUGUCCGGCCAUUUAAUCAAUGGAAUUCCUUCAAGCAUUAUAGAUUUUCCACAUUCCGCAUAUUUGGCUGUGCAGUGUAACUCUAGGCACGGAGAAGGAUAUUUUUCGUGUGGCGCCUCUAUAGUAAACCAAGCUGUUCUGUUGACUGCUGGGCACUGCAUCAUUGGAUGCCAUAAAAACAUUGAAGCGUUUGCUAUAUUCGGACAUGAUCAGAAGGACAGAGGGACGAUUGAAAAAGUGUCGCGUAUAAUUGUGCAUGAACAUCAUGCCGAGGGUUUAUUGUCAAACGACAUAGCUCUGUUGUUGUUGAGGAAGGAUUUGAAAUUCAGUUGUACAGUUAGAAGAGUGGCGUUGAUGAGGAAUCCACCAAACGUGGAGGAUGCUAUUGUUGCUGGUUGGGGGAGAGUACAUGAGUUGUCAUAUGAGGUGUCUAACGUCCUGAUGAGUGCGAGACAGAAAAUUCUGCUUCCAGCGACUUGUCUUUUUACCCUGAACAACCCAGCUGGCACUUUUUGCGCCGAUAGUAAGCCAGGAAUGGGUUUUCCGGCAAGUGCGGAUUCUGGCAGUGCCAUAGUAAUCAAUGACUUCAUCCAGAUAGGACUAGUAUCCUACGUGGACCCUCAUAUUUCUAAGAAGAUAACUGUCUACACAAAUAUAAGAGUUGCAGGAUAUGAAACUAAAAACAAUUUUAUAACGCAAUUUUUCAAUGCCCUGUCACAUGAAAGGGUAUUCUUGUUAAUGUACAUCACUGUAUCUCCAGUUACAGUCAUAAGAAUACAUGUAAGUCACAUUGUACAUGUCAAUCUUAUUUCAGUAAACUAACCCAAUGUAGAUGUUCUCAGACAAUAAAUAUGUGCCUAAGAAUUUGCUAAUAAUUUUUAAGAAAAAAAAACCGACUUCCUUUUGGGGUCUGGUGAUAAAUACUUUGUUGUUGGAUUAU